UUUAACACCUUCAACAAAGUGUGACUGAUUUGGUACAUAGUAAAGGUCUUCCCCAUACAUGCUUACUAGUUACUAGUUAUAAAUACAUGUAUAUGUUUAUCAGACGUCUGAUAAAAAUACAUGUUGCGUAUGGUUAACUCAUUGAUAGAUAGCUAAUAAUAACGCGGCAUUUUGUAUUAUCUGUUUAGUUCAAAUCUGGAGAACUCGUUGACCGUGAGUUUCGCGUUGUUUGUUGUAAAUUAAAUCAACCAGCUAGUAACAAAUUAUGACUUCCCCAACAGAAAAAUCUUAUAAAAUAAGAGACGCAACUAAAGCCGAUAGGGAUGCUAUUGUGGAGUUUUUGAGGAUUAGUUUUUUCAGAGACGAACCUUUAAAUGCUUUUUUAGAAUUAGUCACGGAAGAAAAUCCAACUUGUGAAACCUUAGAAGAGUUCACAGUGGGACAUAUUCCGAAUGGGAUAAAUUUGGUAGCAAUUCAUAAUGAUCAAAUCGUAGGUUUAAUAUUGAGUACACCUUUAGAAAAAGUCCAAGAGGAACAAUAUGACUGCAAAAACGAAAAGUACAAUAAAUUGGUUAGGUUACUGGACUAUGCUGCAAAACAUGCUGAUCCAUUUGUUAUAUAUCCAUCAAGUACCAAAGGUAUAUCAGUACAAGUAAUAUCAGUUAGAAAAGAUUUUACCGGAAGAGGAUUAGCUGUUGAAUUAUUACAAAAGACAUGUGAUUUGGCUCAACAACAAGGAUAUGAUUUCGUUGAAAUUGCAUGCACGAGUUUAUAUUCAGCAAAACUAUCAGAAAAAUUAAACUUUGAUCUAAAAUAUUCCUUGAAAUAUACGGACUACAAAGAAAAUGGAGAAAUAGUUUUCAAACCUGAGUCCCCGCACACCACCUUGAACGUAUACUUGAAGAAAUUAUAAGUAAUAGGUUUGCGUCAAAUGGACCGUGAUAGUGUGAUGUCAAAACGUCAAAAAGGUUUCCAAAUAUUGAUAUAAAAGUACCAAACAAAGCAACUGUCAAUUGAUUAUACACGUGAUUUGUGUAAUCAUUUUUAAUUUUAUUUUGUUUUAACAAUCAUCUGCACAUUUUUUCUAAAGAUACAAUCUUUGUUAGUCAUAUCAAUCAUAUUUCUUUUAAUUUUAUAAAUGUCCUUACACAAAAUCAAGGAUUUACACACUAUAUAGUACUUACUGUGUUUCUUCAGGUUUUUAACCAGUCCUAUUUGGAAAUGUAAUGGGAAAUAUACUAUGAGCAUUGAUUACAAUCACGGGUACCCAACACAUUACCUACCAUUUUGUAAAAAUUAAACAUCCUACAAGCAAUAUAUUCCAAUUAUAAAAAGCAAAACAAACACCAUGUGUGAAUUUCUGCUUUGUUUGGAAACCAUUUCAGAGUAGCCAACAUUGAUUUGACGUCACGACUAUCACGGUCCAUUGCUCGUCCGGCAAAAGAGUGACACAACUCCAAAAAUGCACAAUUCCAGUUAUCUUGUUAAGUUUACUCCAAAAAUCCUAUAGGUACUUUUACCAGAAAAGUGUCACAUAGGUAUGUAUUUACAACUUCGUAAGAGAGCAGUAGUGUCAUUAUUCAUUUGGCGCUAGAAUGAAUAUUUUUAUUCCCGAACAAUGACACUUUUGAGUUAUGCUCUGAUAUUCGACGUGAACGUUUCGUUAUUUAUCACGAAAACCGUUGCAUUUCGAGAAGUGUCCUAGGUUUCUUCGUUAAUGUUUAAAAAGUGACCAAUAUUUUAAAAUAGAAGUGACAUAACUCAAAAUGUUUAUGUUUUUUCUUUGUUAAAUCAGAUAUCAUAGUUUUUCUUCUUACACAAUUAGAAGCAUUCACUUACCGAAAAAGUUGUUUUUUGAGUUGUUGCAGUUUUAUUCCGGAUGGGCAAAAUCCAGUGAAGCAAUUCUAGUGAAAAAUCAUUAAGUUUGUAGCUAAACUUUUCAACAGAACUGAUAAAAACUGGGGAGUUAUUCAUAUUUUUUCUACUUUGAAUAAUAAUUUCAUAUUAGUGAAUCAUUUUGGAAGCCUGUACAUAAUUGGAUCAACCCUCGUAUAGUUUAUGUUGUAUUAGGUAACAAAUAAAGUAAUAAAUAUAUAUGUAUUAUUUAAAAAUGACUAAAAGUACAAACAUUGAAGCUAAUAAUUUAUAAAGUUUUUAUACUAUAUUUUUAAAUUGCUGAUUAAAAUUACGAUAAUCAUACGAAUCAAGCAAGUAUGAAAAUUUUCCAGUGUUUGUAUGAUUCAUACAUCUCAGGCUGUGAUAUAAUAUUGAAAAUAUUGUUAAUUUUUUAUUAUAACAGUGAAAAAUGAUGUACUUACUUAAUAAAAAUUAUUUAAGUAGAA